ACUUGAGAGAGAAAGAGGAGAAAGAAAGAAAUCUCUUCAGCUUCCUAUCUCUUUCCCUGAGACGGGCCGACCAGUAAAAUAUAGCCUCUCGCUUUCUCCCACUUCUCAAUCCAAAGGCCAAAGGCGUCGACGCCUCCAACUCUGCAUUAUGGCUAGGCUCUUGGCUAAUUUUACAGUCCGUCCUCUACUUGGUCCCGGAAGACAUCUCCAGUCCGAAGAAUACAGAAAACCAAGAAGUCGUGUGAAGAUGAUGUCCAGUUUACACGCACCUGUUUUGAGUAUCCGGAACUACUCAGGGUUAAGGGUUAACAGUGCAUUGGAUCUUAUGGCAAGUCGCAGUCCAGAUUUCUUUGCUAAGGUUAAUAUUUCAAUCUCAUCCCGGAAAGGAAAAGCUAGCCGAUGUGUACCAAAAGCCAUGUUUGAACGGUUUACCGAGAAAGCAAUUAAGGUCAUAAUGCUGUCUCAAGAGGAAGCUCGGAGACUUGGCCAUAAUUUUGUUGGGACUGAGCAGAUACUGUUGGGUCUAAUUGGGGAAGGGACUGGAAUCGCUGCAAAGGUUCUUAAAUCCAUGGGGAUCAAUCUUAAAGAUUCUCGUGUGGAGGUUGAAAAGAUCAUUGGAAGAGGCAGUGGAUUUGUAGCAGUUGAGAUCCCAUUUACUCCUCGUGCAAAGCGAGUACUGGAGUUGUCACUAGAGGAAGCUCGACAACUCGGGCAUAACUACAUUGGGACAGAGCAUCUUCUGCUUGGUCUUCUUCGUGAAGGGGAAGGUGUUGCAGCUCGUGUCUUGGAGAAUUUGGGUGUAGAUUCUAGUAACAUCCGGACGCAGGUUAUACGUAUGGUCGGGGAAAACAAUGAAGUGACAGCAAGCGUUGGUGGAGGAUCCAGCGGAAACAGCAAAAUGCCUACACUAGAAGAGUAUGGGACUAACUUAACUAAACUAGCAGAGGAGGGUAAACUGGAUCCUGUUGUUGGAAGGCAACCGCAGAUCGAACGAGUGGUCCAGAUCUUGGCUCGAAGAACCAAGAACAACCCAUGUCUUAUUGGAGAACCUGGAGUUGGUAAGACUGCAAUAGCUGAAGGACUCGCGCAGAGAAUUGCCAGUGGCGAUGUUCCUGAAACAAUUGAGGGGAAGACGGUUAUAACCCUUGAUAUGGGUCUUCUAGUAGCUGGAACGAAAUAUCGUGGAGAAUUCGAGGAAAGAUUGAAGAAGCUUAUGGAAGAAAUCAGGCAAAGUGAUGACAUUAUUCUGUUUAUUGAUGAAGUGCACACGCUGAUCGGUGCAGGAGCCGCCGAAGGUGCAAUUGAUGCUGCUAACAUUUUAAAGCCAGCUCUUGCAAGAGGUGAAUUGCAGUGUAUUGGUGCAACAACAUUGGAUGAGUACAGGAAGCACAUUGAGAAAGAUCCUGCAUUGGAGAGACGGUUCCAGCCUGUGAAGGUACCUGAACCUACUGUAGAGGAAGCUAUACAGAUCUUGCACGGUCUCCGUGAACGAUACGAGAUUCACCACAAGCUCCGGUACACCGACGAUGCCUUGGUUGCUGCUGCACAAUUGUCACACCAGUACAUCAGUGAUCGGUUUCUUCCGGACAAGGCGAUUGACUUGAUUGAUGAAGCUGGGUCUCGGGUUCGACUACGCCAUGCUCAGGUCCCUGAGGAAGCUAGAGAGCUUGAAAAGCAACUCAGACAGAUCACUAAGGAGAAGAAUGAAGCUGUGCGAGGCCAGGACUUUGAGAAGGCUGGUGCUCAUCGUGACCGUGAAAUAGAGCUUAGGGCUGAGAUUGCUGCUGUUUUAGCCAAAGGCAAAGAAGUGAGCAAAGCCGAGACUGAAGCUGAAGAAGGAGGACCUACUGUCACUGAAUCCGACAUCCAACACAUUGUCUCAACCUGGACAGGAAUCCCGGUAGAGAAAGUCUCGUCUGAUGAAUCUAGCCGUCUUCUCAAAAUGGAGCAGACCCUUCACACAAGAGUCAUUGGCCAAGACGAAGCCGUCAAAGCCAUUAGCCGGGCCAUCCGCCGUGCACGUGUUGGACUCAAGAACCCGAACCGCCCGAUCGCUAGUUUCAUCUUCUCUGGUCCGACCGGUGUGGGGAAGUCAGAGCUUGCCAAAGCCUUGGCUGCUUACUACUUCGGUUCAGAGGAAGCAAUGAUCCGUCUCGACAUGAGUGAGUUCAUGGAACGACACACUGUUUCAAAACUCAUCGGCUCACCUCCUGGUUACGUAGGAUACUCAGAAGGAGGUCAGUUAACUGAGGCGGUUCGACGCAGGCCUUACACACUUGUCCUCUUCGAUGAAAUCGAGAAAGCACAUCCAGAUGUUUUCAACAUGAUGCUUCAGAUCCUAGAAGACGGGAGACUAACCGAUAGCAAAGGAAGAACCGUUGAUUUCAAGAACACGCUUCUGAUCAUGACUUCGAACGUAGGAAGCAGCGUGAUUGAAAAAGGCGGUAGAAGAAUCGGGUUUGAUCUGGAUUACGACGAGAAAGACAGCAGCUACAACAGAAUCAAGAGUUUAGUGACUGAGGAGCUAAAGCAGUAUUUCAGACCGGAGUUCUUGAACAGGUUAGAUGAGAUGAUUGUUUUCAGACAGUUGACGAAGCUUGAAGUCAAGGAGAUUGCUGAUAUAAUGCUUAAAGAAGUGGUGGUGAGGCUGAAAGACAAAGAGAUUGAGCUUCAGGUUACUGAGAGGUUUAAAGAGAGAGUGGUGGACGAAGGAUUUGACCCGAGUUACGGUGCGAGGCCGCUUAGACGAGCUAUUAUGAGGCUUUUGGAAGACAGCAUGGCUGAGAAGAUGCUUUCAAGAGACAUUAAAGAUGGAGAUUCUGUGAUUGUUGACGUUGAUGCAGAAGGAAGUGUGGUUGUGUUGAAUGGUAAAAGUGGAGGUGGUGGUGGUUUUGUGGCUGGAGAAGCCAUGGAAGAAGAUCCAGUUCCUGUGUUGUAGAAGGAAACACAAGGGUUCUAGUCUUCUAGAGAUUAUUCUUUCCUUUUUAAGUGGUUAUUGAAUUGUGUCUCAUUUUAGUCGCUUUUG